UUACACUGACAAUUGUGCAAUUACACAAGAAAGUAGCCUUUUGUGUCUCAGGCCUCCUCAAUUGCUGCAGUUCUCAACAUUUUGCCUCGUUCCAAACAGUAAUGAAAUCGGAGAGAAGAAGAAGAAGAAGAAGAAGAAGAAUAAGCGACGCUGUUCCUUGCUUUGUGAUUUUGUUAAUCUUGUUUUUAUGGUAAUUAACAAGGCAAAAAUAAAAGAGGAAACAAUGAAGCGAGAUGAGGAUCUAGGUCGUGAUCGUGGAGAUGAAUUCCAAACAGACGAUGAAGAAAACCAAGCAGAAAGGGCUUGCGAAAGUCAUUACGAUACAGAAUCCGAUUACUCUUCUCCUGCACACAACUCAAAUAAUAGUAUUGAGGCUGCUAUUCCUUCAUGGCCUCAGAGCUACAGGGGGUCGAUAGACAUGCUCGGUACUCCUUCGAUUAGCUUUUCAAAAGGGAGUAAUGUGGCAGGCAUAACCAAUUCCUUGAGUUCACUUUGCAAGAUAGGCCAAGGUUCUGACUCUGCUUCUUCCCUAAGUAAACCUCUCAUAUCGCAGCGAAGUUUAGACAAUGAGGAAGUUCCUACCUCUACACUCCCAUUUAAAUUAAGUGGAUCAUAUCAUUUCCGAUUUUCUUCCGUUGAGGAAUUACCACCUCCACAUAAGGAAAGCUCUUUUGCGCAGGCAGUUCUAAAUGGAAUAAAUAUUCUAUGUGGCAUAGGACUCCUUACAACACCUUAUGCAGUUAAGGAAGGUGGAUGGUUGAGUCUCUCAAUUCUCUUGCUCUUUGGUAUUGUCUGUUGCUAUACUGGUGCACUACUGAAGAAAUGUUUAGAAAGCUCACCUGGACUCAGAACUUAUCCUGAUAUUGGGCAGGCUGCUUUUGGAGUGGCUGGUCGCCUACUGAUAUCUACAUUGUUGUAUUUUGAAUUAUAUGCAGCUUGUGUGGAAUAUAUAAUUAUGAUGAGCGAUAACUUGUCAACCUUAUUCCCAGACACAUUCAUGAGUUUUUCUGGAGAACAACUUGAUUCUCAUCAAAUCUUUGCCUUCAUAGCAACUAUUGUUGUUCUUCCAACUGUUUGGCUUCGUGACCUUAGUUUGCUGUCUUACCUUUCAGUUGGAGGAGUAGGUGCAUCAAUUUUGAUGGUUGUCUGCUUGUUAUGGGUUGGGGUGGUGAACGAAGUUGGAUUUCAUCAAACUGGAGUAGCCCUAGACCUUUCAAAUCUACCUUUUGCAGUUGGUAUUUAUGGUUAUGGCUUCGCUGGCCAUGCUGUUUUUCCAAACAUAUACUCCUCCAUGAAAGAGCCAUCAAGCUUUACAUUAGUUCUAAUUAUCAGCUUCACUUUUUGUUGGUUUAUGUACACUGCAGUAGCAAUAAGUGGGUUUUUGAUAUUUGGUGACUCCAUCAAAUCCCAGUUCACAUUAAAUAUGCCUGUACAGCUUACGGCUUCUAAGCUUGCAGUCUGGACAGCGGUUGUGAACCCGAUGACAAAGUAUGCCUUGACAAUAGCACCUGUGGCAAUGAGUUUAGAGGAACUCAUGCCUUCAGGUAGACUUAGAUCUUACAGUGUAUCACUAAUCAUCAGAACAACUUUAGUAGUUUCAACUUUAAUUGUGGCACAGACAUUUCCAUACUUUGGUUUUGUGAUGGCAUUUAUUGGAUCUUCACUUGCAAUGAUUGUUGCUGUUAUCUUCCCAUGUACAUGUUAUCUCUGCUUACUCCAUGAAAGAUUAACUAAAUUGCAGAUUGCAGCUUGCAUAGUCACCAUUGGUGUGGGAGUGCUGACUGCUUGUGUUGGUACAUAUUCAUCUGUUGCAAGAAUGGCUAACAAAUUUAGCUGAUGGAAGGAAAAUGAAGGUUUUGUGUUGGGACUUUUACUCCACUCAACUUUGAUUAUUUUUGUUUUUAUUCAACCAGAGAGAAAAAGGAACAAAGGAGGAAUGAAGCCAUAAGGUUGAGGAAGUAGUAUAUUUUGAUGAACGAAGUUGAAUUGGGGAGAAAGAGAGGAGGGAAUACGAAUACGAAUAGAGAGUGCAUGAUGCGAUUAAAAUAUGUAUGCAAAGAACAUGAGAGAGUUUUUACUUUCACGUACAAAUCUUUGCCUUAAUCAGGAAAAAAAAUGAAGAAGAAGAAGAAGAAGAAGAGUGCAUUUUCA